CUGGUCGUUGCGGCUCGCAGUCUGGUCUCAACUUCUCUCGGUCAGUGAGCGUUGGAUCGUUGACCUGUACUUAUUAGCUUCGGUGUGAUUUUUAAAAACUCAUUUUUGGCUGUUUUUUCAUUUAUAUUUUGUUACAAAUACAAAAAAAAACUAAGAAAAAAAAAUAAUGAUUUAUUAUUGUGGCUAAAAAUAUAAAGGAAUUAAUUAAAAGAUUUUUAAAAAAUCGCUGAUGGAAUGAAGAUCAGUAGAAAGUCACGUGUUUGUAUUGUAGACCGUUUAAAUGUCAACACAUUGAUAGUACAGUGUUGAAAUUUAUUUUUGUCCAACGCGACAAGAUCAAAGAAAAACUAGUUUCACUUUUAUAACAACGAUUUGACUUGUCUGCCUUGAUACUGUCACGCGUUUUUUUUUUUAAAAACAAUUUUAAAAUGAAACAUUAAUAAAGAAUCUAAUAAUAAUAAAUAUUAAUAUUUAAAUAUAAUAAAUAUAAAAAUGUAAUUUAAUUUGUGAGAUAAUAGAUGGGAGACUGUCAUCAUCAUGGUUGGAUAUAAAUAUUUGAAUACCAAUAAUUUAAAAUUGAUAAUUUAUAAUUUUAUUUGAGUAAUGUGUUAAAUAUUAAUUAUUUAGCUAGUAGAGCUUAUGAUUAAUUAUAUCUGUGCCAUCUGGUAUUAUCAACAACACAAAUCAUCAUAAAUGAUUCGGAUAAAAGUGGACAUACGCCAAGUUAAGUGAAUUGAAACGUUAUAAAAACUCAUGUAGCGAAGUGACUUCCGUGUAUUUUUUUAUUAUUCGGAUGUAGUAAAAAAAAAAAAAGUAAAGACACAAAGAAACAUUUUUUUUCAAAUAUAAAGCGGGAUUCAAAAAUACUAACGACUAGUCGGGCUUAGUGUAAAUGUAAAAAAUUUGGUGUAAAAAUGAAGAGAACUUUACAUGGUGUAAAGUGAAAUAACAGUGUAAAAAAUUCUUGGUGUAAAUUAUUCUUCUGGAAUUUUAAAACGGUGUAAUAUACUUUUCUUACACCAUUUCGUGUUACUUGAUAUAAUUUUGAUUGAUGAGCAACAAAUAAUACUGUAAAAAAUUUUAGGUGUGAAAAUGAUCGAAAAAUUUACACCGUCUGCUUGGUGUGAAUUGAUGGUGUGAAAUUUUUUUGGUGUGAAAUAUCAAGCCGUGUAUUUUUAACACGCUAUAACUGUUUUUUUCACACCGUUUGGUGUUAUUAGCUGAGAUAUUGUGUGAUAAUACAUCAGUUGCAACACUAGUAUAUCAUUAUUAUUAUUGGUGUAAUUGGUGUAGAUUAUUUUGAAAUAAAAAUUUAAUACUUAGUGUCGAAGUAAUCGAGAGUUUUAAAUAAAGAACAUACACCUACACCAUUGGUGGUGUAAACGUUCUAAUUUACACGGUCCAAAAUUUAACGUCGUACGUCGUGUAACUUUCACACCGACGGUAUUGAAAAUUUUAACACCAAAUCAUUCGCACCACGGAUUUAAAAUUUUUUACAGUGUACUGAAUAUUUUUAACUACUCAAUCAAUAACUAUAUUCAUUUUAUAUAGAUAUCAAAUAGUAUUUUGAACAUUUUAAUAUUUUUACUCGCAGUGUAAAAAUUUUUAAUUCAUACCGCGUAAAUUUAACACGAUAUUUGGUGUAAUUUUCACACCAAAUUUUUUACACCGAGUCCGAAAAUUUUUUACAGUGCAUAAGAAUGGCAAGUCGCAUGAAAGCUUUGUACAACCAGGUGAUAUUUGAGAGGAGAGUCCUUUUGGGAUGCACUAUCCUCAUUGGGUUGGCGGUAUGUAUAUGGGCUGUAGCCAUUUGUACAGAUCAUUGGUAUACUGUUGAGUCCCCAAUUAGUGAGCCAAAGGGUUUACUACUCCGGAAUACUGAUAAAAAUGGUAGAACAUUAGUAUAUAGAAAUCAAGGACUUUGGAGAGAUUGCAUUACGGGUUUCGAAACGCCUCCGGAUAAUAAGACUGGAGAGUUAAAAUUUUAUCAAGAAUGUAAGCGUCAAGAAAUGUUUCCAACAGAAGAAAAUAUAAUGUCUGACUUUGAUUUUGAUGCUACUGUGCUUAGUUAUGCAAGAACUCAAGUUUCUUUUGCCAUAAUAAGUAUGAUAGUUAUGCUCAUGGGAUUUUCAUUUUCUAUUUAUACUUUUCGAAAUCCUCGAUACAUGUUCAAAAGAUUAGCUGGAGGAAUUCACUUCAUCAGCGGCGCAUGUGUGAUGGUUGUUAUUCAAGUUGUUCUUUCGUCAAUGGAGUAUGGUAGUAAAAAUACAGUUAGAGGAUUUCCUAAAGGAUCAUCAGUGCAUUACGGUUUUUCUUUGGUUCUCGCGUGGUUUGUUUGUAUAGGGAACCUUCUUGCUGGCUGUUCUUUUAUACUAUUUUCUAAAAAAAGAAAACGUGAUAAGGCACCAACUGAAGAACUUGCGAUGGCUGACGAGCCAACUAUUAUAGGUCGUUAAUGAUUACACAGAAAAAAACUAAUUCUUCGAGAAAAAAGUAACUUUUUCAAGCCAAUAAAUUAUUCGCUUUUUAACUCAAAGAAAUAAAUUCUUACAAAAAGAAAGUGAAGAAAUUCUUGAAUUGUAACAAAACUUAAUUGAGUUAAGCUGAAGUUCUAUCUGCUAAGAUAAUUUUUUUUUGCUCAAAAAAAUACUUGUAUUCAGAUAUAAUUUUGGUGCAAUUGUGCAAUAAAUUACUUUUAAGAGCAAGAAUGUCUACUCGGCUGCCUAAUUUCAAAACACAGUAACUGACAAAUUUUUCGAAAUCGAUUUUGUAGUAUUUUUACACUGUAAAAAGAGCGGUGUUAAAAAUGGACUCAUUUUAACUCCGCUCGGUGUUAAAAUGAAAUUACACCGGUGUAGGAGGCGUAAUUCGGCAAUGUUAAAAUACUGGUGUAAAAGCGGGGUAUCCGGUGUAAAAGCGAAGUAAUGUCAGUGUAAAUGUAGAGUAAUCGGUGUAAAAGCAGGGUAAGCUGCAUCCGCUUGGAGUAUUAACUUAAAGAUUAUAAAACACAAAAAAUGUCAGUUCGUAAUGAAAAUUUACACCGGGGAAUUUUUUGUAACACCGGUACAGAAUAUUUACACUAGCGGCGGUGGUAUUUUCACACCGCUUUCGGUGUUGAAAUUUAACACCGCCGAUUUUAACACCUACACUGCUUGGACUUACCCCGGUGAUUUUUUACAGUGUAGUUCCAGUGGAGUCUUGUGAACAUGGUUCGAUGCAUAUUUCAAAAAUUUUAUUUUUGUCAGUUACUGUGUUUUGAAAUUGGGCAGCCGUAAUCUUUAGAAAAGCUAUUUUUUUUAUCAGUGUACAAAAACAAGCGAAGUAAAAAAAAAGAAACAAAAAAAAAAAAAUAAUAAUGAAGAAGAGGAAGAAGAAAAAUAUAUGCUUAAAAAUAUUUAUUUCCUAUUUUUUUAUUAUAUUGGCGACUUCUCAAUUGUACCUGUUAAAACCUCUCAUAAAAAGACAAUGUAUAUAGUUAAAAAAAAUGAAAUAUAAUAAUAAUAAUAAUACUAAUAAUAAUAAUAAUAAUAAUAAUAAUAAUAAUAAUAAUAAUAAUAAUAAUAAUAAUAAUAAUAAUAAUAAUAAUAAUAAUAAUAAUAAUAAUAAUAAUAAUAAUAAUAUUAAUAAUAAGUUUUUUUCUCUUCAACGAAGAGCGUUCAAUAAAUUGUAUGUUAAAGUGAGUAAAUGAAGAUAUUAUAAUAAUUAAUGAAUUAAAACUAUAUAUAUAUGUAUAUGGUACCGCGCUUAGUUUUUCAAGGACGAAAUAUCCGCGACGAUAUAUCCGUAGGCAAAAAGAUCUGCAGACAAAAUUAUCCGCAGAUAUUUAGAUAAGAUUAACAAAUUUGUAAUUCUUCCAAUUUUCCUAUUGUACGUAAAUAACCUAAAAAGAAUAUGAAAUUGUAUAUUUUUCGAUUGUAAUUUAGAUUGUUCGCAUAAAAACUUGAAUUUGCGUAAAACAUCACCACAAAUAUUUAAUUAAUUUUAGAUUAAUCUUGUGUUUAUUUUAUCGUCGGAUAUUUUACCCGCAAAUAUUUAUGUCUAUGCAUAUUUUCGCCGCUGAUAUUUGGUUUUGGAACCAUAUACACUGUAAAAAAUUGGGAGUGAAUUUGGAGUGAUUAUGGAUUUUAAUUCACUCUUCAGAAUUCGUUUCGGAAUUUAAAAAAAAUCACUCCGUAAACGGAGUUUGUUUUUUUCAGCGGAGUGAUUUCGGAGUCCGUACGAAAAAAGUAAAUAUCCGGGAUAUAUAGGGUAGAAGUGCCAUUUGUGGUCACUGCUCCAUUUUUGGACAUUUAAGACUUUAUUUUAAAUAAUGAAAACGUAUUAAAAAAAAAUUCCAUUGCUAUAGUGUGAUAAAAAUAUAUUCAAACACAUUAAGAAAAAUUAAUCGUGUUUUUGUAUAUUUUACAAAUCAUUUUAUUCAAAAUUUCUAAGUGGCCAAAACUGGCUCUAAAGUGGCCGAAAACGGUACUUAUACCCUACGGGUAAAACUGAAUUUAUGUCUCAUAUAUGCGGCAUAUAUUCAGAUUAUCCCGAAUAUAUACGGAUAUAUACUUUUUUCAUGCGGGAGUGGUCUGGAUUUUAUUUAAAUUCGCAUUCACUCCGACUCGGAAUUUGAAUAUUAAAUCAAACCCCGCUACGGAGUGAAUUUCACUCCAAAAGUAUUAAAUAAAUAAACAGUCAUCCGCUUCGCCACUCCGGAUUUACUCUGCGUUCACUCCGCUAAUUUUUUACAAUAUAUAUAUAUAUAUAUAUAUAUAUUAGGGUGGCGCAAAAAAACCGACUAUUUUUUUUUUUUCAAUCUCGCAUGAAAAUUUGUUGGUUUACGAUGUUUUAAGAAGCCUCUCCACAAAUCAGCUCGAUAAAAAAAUUUUAAGAGGUCGCUCACGAAUUUUGAAAAUAUCGAAAAUGAUCGGAAUUCGGAUUUUUAUUUAAAAAAAUUUUUUUUUCUCGUGGCAGCAAUAGUUUAUAUUUGUAAAAUCAUGACUAUGCUGAAAAUUUCAGCCCAAAAUAUAAAUAUUUAAACGGCGCUCGAGAAUUUCGAAUAUUAACUGAUAAUAUGUAAUUAAUAGUUUGAAUUAGUUUUUAUAACUCAAUUGUUGUCAUUUCACUUAAAUAUAACUUUUGCAUACCCAAAAAUAUACAGAACAGUCUUAAACAAUGAAAUUCGGUCAGUUUUGAAUAAGCGAAAAAACCUACAAAUUGAAUUAAAAAAUAAAAAAGUAUGUAAAUAACUUAUUAUUUCUAUUUCUCGGGUUAUAUUUCCAUUCAUUGUCAUGUAAAUUGAUGGUGAAAAAAUCGAGAAGCUUUAUUAUUAAUAUUUAAGGGUCGCUCAAAAACGUCCAAGAGACUGCGCUCGGAAACAUUCAAAAUUCUUGAGCGCCGUUUAAAUAUUUAAAUUUUGGGCUGAAAUUUUCAGCAUAGUCAUGAUUUUACAAAUAUAAACUAUUGCUGCCACGAGAAAAAAAAAAUUUUUUUAAUAAAAAUCCUACUUUCGAUCAUUUUCGAUAUUUUCAAAAUUCGUGAGCGACCUCUUAAAAAUUUUUGAUCGAGCUGAUUUGUGGAGAGGCUUCUUAAAACAUCGUAAACCAACAAGUGUUCAUGCGAGAUUGAAAAAAAAAAAAUAGUCGGUUUUUUUGCGCCACCCUAAUAUAUAUAUAUAUAUAUAUAUAUAUAUAUAUAUA